AUGAAUAAUUCAUUUCUCAUUCUCUCUCCGCCCCCGCACGACUCCACCACCUUCUUGACAGUGCAAGAGCUCGAAGAGAUCGAUCAACUUCUAUUGAGAUUGAGAGACAUAGUCAUUGGGCAUUUGGAAGGAAAGCGCCCACGUGCUUCUUUCUCUCUGAUGGCGUUAUCAUGGCCGCUGAUCUUUCUCAGCUCUACUCGCCCACUCUCCACGGCCCCACCAUCCGUACGAUCGCAUCUCCUUACCCGCCAUCACCUUCCAACCAUCUCAGCAACCGCCCUUUCCACUUCCCAACUUUCACUCCCCGACAAAUCCCAUCCCUUCAUCACCACUCCCACAAAACCCCACGACCGGGUGCUGAAGAUCACAGCCGCCCACUUCAACAUCUCAUUCCCACCGCUCAUCUGUCCUCACGAUCAUUGGAGAAUAUGGACCUCGCUCUUCACAGCUGGUGCAUUCGGCCUCUGGCCGGAGAAGACGAAAGUGCGGAGUGCGCUGAGCGGCGCCCUGGUCAGCACUCUGGUGGCGCUCGCCACGACCAACCUCAGCAUCAUUGCUAGUGAGGUCCCGGUGUAUUCUGUUGUCUUGGAGUAUCUGCUGCCGGUCGCCAUUCAUUUGCUGCUCUUCAGAGCAGAUCUGCGUCGCAUCCUGCAGUCCAUUGGGGCGCUGCUUUUGGUCUUCUUGCUUGGAUCAGCUGCUGAACUGUAUGACUUUGAUGAUGAGAAGAUUUGUCGUCCGUUCGCAGAACUGAUCCGAUUAUAGCAACUUCAGAACACUUGGAUUUAAGAUGGAUGGAUGGGAUGGAAGUUGGAUCAAGUUGGUUGGGAGAAGCAUUUUUGGUUUUGCUGCUGCAGCUACCACUGUGAUUGCCAUCAGCUGCGAUUCCUUGGGCCUCGCGGAGUCUCUCAUCAUUGCUUUCCCUGCUUCUCAUGGAGAGCUUGAUCGGCCUCGUGAAUAGGAUCGAGAGGGCCUAUAUGGUCCUCGGCGAUUACGGUGGCGACAACUUCUUGCUAACUCUUUGGGAAGCCCUUCCGUUCAUUGCUGUCGUCAAUGGACAGGUUCGUCUCUCAAU